UGCUAUUGUUGCCAUUAUUGGUUCUCAUGUUCUUGUUGGAUUCUGGUGUGAAAAAUAUUGUCAAUUAACCGAGUUGUGUUAUUUUAGUAUUAUUUGAAAAUAUUUUAAUUGAAAUAUAAGACUUGUGACAAAGGGACUUAAAUAGAUGUUGUAAAUAAUUAACUUUUUCUUCAGCAGAAGUAUUGUGUACUUAAUGAGUCCCUAGGGCUUCAGAAUUGUUCAAAUCUUUAUUAAGCACACCAUUGAACAUGAGGUCGAACGCCUUGGCUUUUAUUAUCAUAUUAAUCAUCCCAGGAGAACUCUACGCAGAAGAGAAACCGUGUGGUCUUCCGAAUGUGGAAAAUGGAAGAAUUGCCCCAUACUACUACACUUUUGAAAGUUUUUACUUUCCAAUGAGCAUAGACCAGAAAUUGUCAUUUUCCUGUUUGGCUGGUUAUACAACUGAGACUGGGAAACAAGAGGACAAAACCACAUGCACAAGAACAGGCUGGAAUCCGGGACUGAGGUGCUUCAAAAAAUGCACUAAGCCUGACCUCAUGAACGGUGUCAUCGCUGACGUAAAAUUAUUGUACAAAAUUCAAGAGACCAUGCGUUACAGCUGUGCUUCAGGAUACAAAACCACCGGGGGGCAGGAUGAAGAGGUGGUUCAGUGUCUCGCCGAUGGAUGGUCUUCUCAACCAGCCUGCAGGAAGGAGUAUGAGACAUGUUUGGCUCCGGAAUUAUAUCACGGAAAUUAUUCCACAACACAGAGAACGUUCAACGUGAAGGGCAAAGUGAGGUAUGAAUGUGCUCCUGGCUACUACACGGCUGGUGGACAGAAGACGGAGGAGGUAGAAUGUCACACCUACGGGUGGACUGUCACGCCAAAAUGCACCAAAUUAAAAUGCUCUUCUUUAAGAUUAAUAGAAAAUGGUUAUUUUCAUCCUGUAAAGCAAACCUAUGAAGAAGGAGAUGUAGUUCAGUUUUUUUGUCAUGAAAACUAUUAUCUAAGUGGGGCUGAUUUAAUCCAGUGCUACAACUUUGGCUGGUACCCAGAAUCUCCUGUAUGUGAAGGAAGAAGAAAUCGGUGUCCUCCUCCGCCUCUGCCUCUGAACUCCAAAAUUCAAACAUACUCAACAACUUAUCGUCAUGGAGAAACCGUUCGUAUAGAAUGUGAACUGAAUUUUGAGAUACAGGGACCGGAAGAAAUACGCUGUGAUAAUGGAAAAUGGACGGACCCUCCGAAGUGCACUGAAUCUAAAGGCAUGUGUGCAUCUCCCCCACUUAUUACAAAUGGAGUCAUUAUUGGGUCAGCAGGCGGCACCUAUGAAAAUGGUUCCUCAGUAGAAUACAGGUGUUUCGAUCACCAUUUCCUACAGGGGCCUAGAGUGUCUCAUUGUUUACAGGGAGUGUGGACCACACCACCAUUGUGCUUGGAGCCUUGCACAUUAUCUCCUGUAGAAAUGGAAAAGAAUAAUUUACUGUUGAAAUGGGAUUUCGACAAUAGACCCUACAUUUUCCAUGGCGAGUAUAUUGAGUUUCUUUGUAGGAGAGGUACUUCCAUCGCUCGGUUAUCUACUGUUGGGUCUGAACUUAGAAGAACUUUACGUUGUGAGACCACUGUUAUCGCGUUGGAGGUGAAAGCAAAGUUUGCUCAGAUGACAGGCCGUCCUGUUGAAUCUAAAGGCAUGUGUGCAUCUCCCCCACUUAUUACAAAUGGAGUCAUUAUUGGGUCAGCAGGCGGCACCUAUGAAAAUGGUUCCUCAGUAGAAUACAGGUGUUUCGAUCACCAUUUCCUACAGGGGCCUAGAGUGUCUCAUUGUUUACAGGGAGUGUGGACCACACCACCAUUGUGCUUGGGUACGAACGACUGUCUCUAGUUAAUAAAAUAAAAC